GUUAUAUACACCGGCGGCGGAGCACGCGUGUGUGCGGACGCAGUUGCGUGAGCGGUAUCUGCCAUCCUCAGUGCUGUGGAGCAGAGCUAGUUCCUCUCCAGCUUAGCCGCGCAGGUUUGGACAUAUUUGACUUUUAUUCCCCCAGGUUGAAUUGACCAAAGCAAUGGUGAUGGAGAAGCCUAGUCCCCUGCUGGUCGGGCGGGAAUUUGUGAGACAGUAUUACACACUGCUGAACCAGGCCCCAGAUAUGCUGCAUAGAUUUUAUGGAAAGAACUCUUCUUAUGUCCAUGGGGGAUUGGAUUCAAAUGGAAAGCCAGCAGAUGCCGUCUAUGGACAGAAAGAAAUCCACAGGAAAGUGAUGUCUCAAAACUUCACCAACUGCCACACCAAGAUUCGCCAUGUUGAUGCUCAUGCCACGCUAAAUGAUGGUGUGGUAGUCCAGGUGAUGGGGCUUCUUUCUAACAACAACCAGGCUUUGAGGAGAUUUAUGCAGACAUUUGUCCUUGCUCCUGAGGGGUCUGUUGCAAAUAAAUUCUAUGUUCACAACGAUAUCUUCCGAUACCAAGAUGAGGUCUUUGGUGGGUUUGUCACUGAGCCUCAGGAGGAGUCUGAAGAAGAAGUAGAGGAACCUGAAGAAAGACAGCAGACACCUGAGGUGGUACCUGAUGAUUCUGGAACUUUCUAUGAUCAGGCAGUUGUCAGUAAUGACAUGGAAGAACAUUUAGAGGAGCCUGUUGCUGAACCAGAGCCUGACCCUGAACCAGAACCAGAACAAGAACCUGUAUCUGAAAUCCAGGAGGAAAAGCCUGAACCCGUAUUAGAAGAAACUGCUACUGAGGAUGCUCAGAAGAGUUCUUCUCCAGCACCUGCAGACAUAGCUCAGACAGUACAGGAAGACUUGAGAACAUUUUCUUGGGCAUCUGUGACCAGUAAGAACCUUCCACCCAGUGGAGCUGUUCCAGUUACUGGGAUACCACCUCAUGUUGUUAAAGUACCAGCUUCACAGCCCCGUCCAGAGUCUAAGCCUGAAUCUCAGAUUCCACCACAGAGACCUCAAAGGGAUCAAAGAGUGCGAGAACAACGAAUAAAUAUUCCUCCCCAAAGGGGGCCCAGACCAAUCCGUGAUGCUGGUGAGCAAGGUGACAUUGAACCCCGAAGAAUGGUGAGACACCCUGACAGUCACCAACUCUUCAUUGGCAACCUGCCUCAUGAAGUGGACAAAUCAGAGCUUAAAGAUUUCUUUCAAAAUUAUGGGAACGUGGUGGAGUUGCGCAUUAACAGUGGUGGGAAAUUACCCAAUUUUGGUUUUGUUGUGUUUGAUGAUUCUGAGCCUGUUCAGAAGGUCCUUAGCAACAGGCCCAUCAUGUUCAGAGGUGAGGUUCGUCUGAAUGUGGAAGAGAAGAAGACUCGAGCUGCCAGGGAAGGGGACCGACGAGAUAAUCGCCUUCGGGGACCUGGAGGCCCUCGAGGUGGGCUGGGUGGUGGAAUGAGAGGCCCUCCCCGUGGAGGCAUGGUGCAGAAACCAGGAUUUGGAGUGGGAAGGGGGCUUGCUCCACGGCAGUGAAUCUUCAUGGAUCUUCAUGCAGCCAUACGAACCCUAGUUCCUGCAGAAUGGUGAAUUUCUUCGACCAGCCUUUGGUAUCUUGGAGUAUGACCCCAGUCUGUUAUAAACUGCUUAAGUUUGUAUAAUUUUACUUUUUUUGUGUGUUAAUGGUGUGUGCUCCCUCUCCCUCUCUUCCUUUUCCUGACCUUUAGCCUUUUACUUCCAAUUUUGUGGAAUGAUAUUUUAGGAGUAACAGACUUUUAAAGAAGAAAAAAGAAAAGGACUGAAUUUCCUUGCUUACUUUGCAUAUACAGACUGGACAUUUUUUUUUUAACAGCCAUUUCCCCAAAGGAAUAUGUCUUGCGUAUUACUGACAUUUGGUAUGUUUCAUUCAUUGGAAUAUUUCUUAUUUUCUUUGUGUUAAAGCCUGUGAGACAAACAGGAUUUGAUAACAUUUGAAGGCAGGAAAAACCCAAAUUGUUUCUUCUUUGAGAGUCAUGACUUCCUUCUGGUGUGGAGAAAUUGCCAUUGGAAAAUUUGACAGUUUUGAUUCUCACUGGUAUGUUUAAAAGCGGAAUAAAAGGAAUAGAAUUUUUCUUUUGAUACAGGAUCACAAAACAAUUCUAAAAUACUGUUUUUACCACUGAAAUUUAAAUUGUGAUAUAUAGGUUUUAAAUGUCUAGACUGCAGCUAAUAGGCUUUUCUUGAACUUAGUUUUUUUGAAGUAGAGUUUUUUCAUGUUUAAUUUGUAUUUGUAAAAAAAAAAAACAAAAAACAAAAAAAUUCCCCAAACCCAGAUAACAACCAGAGCAAAACUGUUGUGCCUUCUAUUUAUCUUUGAUUUCAGUCUUGGCAGUUGUUUAAAGAAAAAUAAUUAAAAAAAAAAAAUCUAGAUUUGUUUUAUUAUUAGGUUCAGAGUAUGUGGGGAAUUAUAGAAUCCCUCUUUCAUCACCUUACAUGUCUUCUGUUAACAUAUUUGUUAUGCCUUAUUCUAAAAUUGAGUCUCAAACUGGAAUGCCUUUGAAGACAGAUGCUCUAUAGAGGUUCUUUGGCCUAAAUAGUUCAGCAUUUGUGUUAAGUUUUAUUCUGGUAUCUAAUCAGAUUCCUAAUCAUAGCCCAUAAGAAGGAAUGUGACUUUAAUAUUGGACUUUGCUGAUGUGCUCGUGUCCGCAUUUUUUUCUUUAAAUCAUAGCCAUAUGUUAAAUUUUCUAUUUUGUUAUGGUUCUCUUUUAUUGAUGGGCAUGCAGUGGGUGUUUCUUGGAAAUGGCCAAUUUUUAUUAAAAUAUUUCUGGAAGAAAAUUUAAUCUGGCAAUAUAGACUAAUACUCGUUUCACGUAUGUGUUAUUUGUUGAGUGCUGUGUGUGAGAUGGGUGAAGGUUUUGUUUACAAGUGUGAAGCAAGCCUUCGUGUUAUUACUUGUCAUUACUAACUGAAGGGCAACCAGGUUGUCAAAUUCACUUAUUUAUUUUCUUAACAGUAUUCAUCUUGACUGUCAUUUGAGGAUAGUAUAGGAAUAUUUGCAUUACUGAGAAACUCUAGAUUUGCUCUGAAGGGGUCAGUUAAGACUGAGAGACUCUAGGUUUGCUGUGAAGGGGUCAGUUAAGGCUACAGUGAAGUUGGUAUUACUAGUUUGGUUUCACUUCCUCAAAUAUUUGAAAAUUGGCAGCAUCUCCUUUACAUAAACGUAACUGAAUCACAUGGCUUUUUUGGAGGGUUAGUUUAAGUAACUUUGGUAAUCACUUUGACCCAGAUCAGUGAUAAUAGGAAGAAAUACAACUUGUACUUUUUGUAGCUUAUAUUAAGCGUGUGGUGGGUGGAAAGAAAAGUUUAGUUUGAGUUACUUUGGAAAAAAAACUUACGUUGUGGUAACUUUAAGGUCAUAAAUUAUAGAUAACCUAGAAAUUAUUCUUACAGGUGAAUACUAAAUUAUACAUUUCAAAACAGGGCAUUAACUAGAUGCAGCGAAUCCUCAGCUUGGCGUUAUCACAUCCUAGAGAACAUUUGGAAAUGUGCGAGAUUUGGAAGGGUUGUUGGAGAGAUGCAUCUGGUAUUUAUUGGGUGGGGUCUAAGGAUACCAAAUGUUGUGUAAAAAUGAAGCAACCCCAUUGAGAACACGGAUAGUCGCUCUUCCUAUGAGUGGGUGGAGCUGUGGGAUUAGGAAAACAGGAAUGAAGACUUAUCCUUUUGAAAUUCAGCCUCAGAUAAAUAACAAACUAAUUAGGAAAUAGAAAUCUAUUUCAAGAAUUAUAGUAACAUCUACUCUAAGUAAUUAGUAAUUUCUCUUUCCAUUAUUUGUACCAAGCGUAUGUGUGUGUUUAUGUGUGUGUAAAUGUGGAGAGGUGGUAGCAAUACAUGCUGAUGCUGCUUGUGACUUGCGGCAGGGAAUUACUGCACAGUCUCAGAAAAUAAAAGGCUUCCCCAGUGAUUUCAGUCAUCAGAGUUGGGAUGAUUGUGAGGUUUUGAAGGAUAGUAUUGGACCUAAGAAAUAGGAUUAGCAUUAUCAUCAGCACUGUGGAGAAUUCUUGUACAAUUAAGUACAUGAUUGCCUGUAGAAUAAACAUGAGACCUUAGAGAUGUAUACGUUUUCCACUGCUGGAAAGUGAAUCUAAGUUAGGGCGACAUUCCUAUAGGUGGCAGCAGUAGGAGCUCAUCACAUUCAACACUUUCAAAUUUUAAAAUGAAAUUUUUCAUCUGUAGGAAUGGCCCAAUGAAUAGUUAUUGAGCUUAAGAGUUACUGAGCUUAGAACUCUUGACCCAUGAGUAUUUUUAUUUUUAUAGAGGCAAGGUCUUGCUAUUUUGUCAGGCUGCUCUGAAGCUCCUGGCCUCAUCAGCCCUCCUGCCUUCCAGAUAGCUGGAACUAUAGGUGUACAGCAUUGCACGUGGUCUCAUGAGUAUUUUAGCUAGGUAAAAUUUGGUUCAGUGAGUCUUAGUUUUUUUAAGACCUGUUGAUUUAUAAUGAGAGAUCUUGGACCUUAAAAUAUUCAGUGGUGAGGUUGGGCUUUACUUUGUGUAUUCCAGUGUUCUUAAUUUUGUCAGAUAUUGCUAGGGACCAGUGAGAUGGAUAAUCCAAAAAUAAUAAUUUGACUUUGGGUGAGUAUGUCACUACCACAGUGUUAGUUGAAUUGCACUUUAGUUUUUAGGUUACAAAAGUUAAUUUUCACGUUUGUGCUGUGGAUUAGGUGAUGUUAUCCUUAGCAUAAUAGAUGAGGAACAAACUGAGAGCAAUGAAAUGACAGGCUUUCAAGUCGUCCAUGUAGCAAGGAGCAUAUUUGACUCCCAAACAAAUACUUUUUCUCUAGAACCAUAAUGACACCCUAGUUAAACUUCAGUAACAUAGACCGUAAUGAACUUACUACUGUAGGGAGACUUGAGUUAGGAAUACAUUCAGAAUAGGGUUAACAUUACAGUUCUUAAUUUUCUUUAGGGGAGACAAGAUAAUUAAACUUGGAUUUUGCCAGUCUUUUUUUGAUUUGCAGAUUCUAUGUGGUAACACAAUAAUGAUGGUUUAUUCUUAAGUUUUUUUCUCAUCUGGUUUGAUAAUUUAGUGCAAACUUGAAAUCUAGAUGUGGAUAACAAUAUUUUUAUUAUAGCAUAAUCCAGGUGAGUUUACAGAAUUUGUGUUUUGUGCUUAUAAACUGUGACCUGAUAAUUUUCUUCAUCCCUCUAUUGAAAAACCCUUGUUAGAAGUUAAUGAUUUAAUGGAAAAUGUUGCACUUUAUAGAAAGCUAUUGUAAAACUUACAGGUAACAUUUCUAUGGAGUUUAGAUUUGUAGACCCCUGUUUAUGCUGAGUGAGAUUUCUUUUAAAUGGUUGCAUUUGCCAAAUCUACUUCUAAAGAUGUCUUUUAUAUUACAGUUUUUUUUUCGUGCUACUUUAGGGAGUCUCUGCAGUACUGCAUACAGAUGAGAUAAUUGUUGACCUUUUUAGUUCAGUAGUUUUUAACUUUGCGAAAGAAAGAACACCAACAUUUAUUUGAAUAUCAGGUUUUAGCUAACUCCCUAAUGUACCAAAAAAAAAUUUAGCAAUGUCUUAUGUGGGAUGAGGGGUUGAAUUAGAGUUGCUGAUCAAUUUGUCCAUGUGGCACUAGAUGAUAACUAAAUUAAGGAUUUCUGGUUCUAAGGUAGUAAUGGCUUUUGGGAUUUAUAUUUGUUUAAUGUUGUGGUUCUGGGGACCAUAGGUGGGCCUGUCAGCUCUUAACAGAUUAUAGUAAAGGAGAGAUGGUGACACGUGAGAUAAAACUUGUUGAUAUUUACAUUCUUAUUAGAUGUCACCUCAGGACAACACUGAAAUUAAACUGCUCUGUUCAUGCUUUGAUGUGACAGUCUCAAAAAGUCAAGGCCUAAAUGAAUAAAAAGAUGAUACGGAGAAUACCUAAAACCAGUUUUGGUUUUUGAUUGUGCAUAUGUGUUGGCUUGGAAUCAGGUUUUUAGUUUCUUGUUUAUGUGACUGGUUUGAAAACAGUGGAUUCUUCUCUCCACAGUUUCUGUUUGAACCUAGUAGCUUAUUUUAAUUCCCUGGAAGUAAGAGGAACAUAAUACAGGGAAUCUGUUCAACUAGUUCUUUAAUAAAUCAUGUGACUUGACUAAUUACAGAAAUUCAUAUGUGUUUAGUAUUUUGAAAUGUGGCCUGUGUCCCAGAUUUGUAAGGUAACUGCAUACAGUAUGUCUUUGGAUUUUUAUUUUAAGUAAAUUAAAGAUUUUUUCUGGAUUUCCAGAAAUUAACUAUUGAUUUACUGAACCAAGUAUUUAUUUUCAGGAGCCCACUUACGGGGAAAGUUGCCUGUAUUUUUGGUAGUAAUUAAAGGGAAGAUUAAAUCCUGUUUAACCUGUAUAGAAAGAAUUUUAACUAUUGCUGAAGUUAAAAUCACUUUGGGGUUGGUUGUGGUGGCUCAUGCCUGUAAUCCCAGUGCUUUGGGAGGCUGAGGCCAGAGGAUUGCUUGAGACCAUUAAUUUGAGACCAGCCUGGGCAACAUAGCAAGACCCAAUCUCUACUGAUAAUUGAAAAAUGAGCCAGACAUGGUGGCACAUUCCUGUAAUGUUGCCUCUCAGGAGGCUGAGGCAGGAGGAAUUCCUGACCCCAGGAGUUGGAGGCUGCAGUGAGCUGUGAUUGCACCACUGCACUCUAACCUGGGUGACAGAAUGAGGCCCUGUCUCUAAAAAACAAAAAAUUACAAAACCAAACAAAAAAAAUUUUGGUUACUCAUUGUCCUCAUGCUUUGAUGUCAGUUGUUCCCCUAAAUUUUAAAAUUUUGUAAGGAAAAUUGGAUGUACACUGAUUUGACUGUUUAAAUGACAUUAUACUAAGAAGCUGGUAUAAGGAAGUAGGAGAGGAGAAAACUUUUUUAAAAAUCAUUUGGUGCAUGCUAAUAUAGCUUGUAGGGCAUGUGGUUUAAAAAAUUUUCUGGAUUUUGAAGGAUAGGGUCAAACAAUUUUUUUCUUCUAUUUUGAUUAUUACCACAAGGAACAGAGAAACUGUCAGAAUUCUUUGAAUCAUAGAAUGUUAGUACUAGAAGGGACUAGAAGUGACUUUGUAACCCCUUCAUUUUACAAGUGAUCAGAGAAUUGAGUAGUAGAGUCCCAAAUCUGUUUUUAGAAGUAAUAGCAUCAGUUUAGGUUCACUGUAGGAAGGCCAGCACUGUUAAAAAGUUUGUCUGACGAAAAAGGGAAGGUAACACUUUUUAUAUAUUCACCUGGUUGCUUCUGCAGUUUUCAUACCCUUGUUUUCUCUAUUUUUUUUUUUUUUAGAAUUGUCAUUAAUGGCCCAGCUCUACCAGGGCUUGUUGUCUAAGGACAUUAACUUGUGCUCCCUUCAGGGAUGGGUUUACUACUAGCUGUCAGAAAGCUAUUGGGUAUCCUAAUGUGUUAAUAGCUGAAACUCAGCUGUAAUUUCUCCUAAAUACUUCAGCAUUUUGCAUUCUGUACAUCGUGGUGCUUUUUCCACCUUGUAUUGUAACUGUAAGCUCCUAGGGGGCAGCGAUUUGGUCUUAGGCCUGUACCCUGUUUAGUGCCUGGCAGUGCCAUGUUUAUAUCAAGGUCUUAAUAUUACUUUUCAGUUAUUUCUCCCACUCUUCAUGGAAGUGAUGUUCCAGCCUUGCUAAAACAAUUAGGGUCCUCCCAAUAAGCCAGGCAUUGUGAUCCUUGGCUUCAAGUGCCUUCUCUCUUCCCUGAAGGUCCACUGAGAUCUACACACACCCCCUUCUUCAGAUCUCUUGCCAUGUGAGUAAUUUUUUAAAAGAUCAGUACAAGAGCUAUGUUUUUUUCCUAAGAAAAAAUUUACAAGAGGAACGGGGAGUUUUUUGGGUCUGAUCUGCCCAGAAUUUGAAUUGAGGAAUAAAUUCAUUCUCACCUGUUUUCCACAUUGUCUUGCUUAAGGUCCUGUUUUGACCACUGUUCCUAGAGCAUUUUGUGUUUCUCAUAGUUCAUAACUUGACCCCUUCAAUCUAGAAUUAGAAUUACAUUACUGUUUUACUGCUUUACUAAACUGUAAGCUCCUAGAAGACAAGGACUAGGGAGUUAAUCUCUGUAUUCUACCAGAAGGUAUAGUGACUCAUAACUAGAGUCUUUACAUGAUAAUUUACUGAGUUGGAAAACUUAGUAAUUUGUUUUCAUUCCCAAGGGAGGCAUGUUUGGAGAUAGACCUUGAAUUUAAUCAAUAUAAGGCACUAUGCAGUGGAGGAAAUUGUUGGGAAAUUUGGGGGGAUGGAUAUAGAAGGGGGAGGAAGUCACUGGCCAUUUUGAGGUGCUUUCAUUGUUGGUCUGGGUAACUAGUCAUUUCUUCCUGAUUGUGCCUAGUAUAUCCCAGGCAGUUUGUUUCUUUGCAGAAGGAUUUUAUAUGAAAUUUUCAUUUCUUUGCAAAAACUUGUUCCUUUUUUCAGUUCAUGAAAUCAUCCAUGCUAAAGUCUGAGUCAUCUGCUUCCACUUUUGUUAUUCCCCACAUCCAGUCUUCAGCUAAGUCCUGUCGGUUCUACCUCAAGUCUUUCAUGUCUUUCUUCCUCACCCAUGUAAUUUCAGUAGCCUCUCAGCUUCACUUAACCUCUUCUUACUCCAGCCUACUUUAUACACAAUGUUAGAUUCAUCUUACUGAAACAUAGCUCUGACCAUGUAUCCCAUGUAUGUGUUCUCUCUCCACUAUUAGACUGUAAGCUCCUUAUGGGCAGGAUCUGUGUCUGAGUCAUCUUUGUAUCUUGCCUAGUACCUACCAAUAAAUACUUCCUGAAUGAACAAA